UAGCUGAAGCCAUUGAAUAUAGCUAUCUCGCAUGAACCGAAAAACAAUACUUACAAUGAUGAGAAACACUUUGAAAAGCUAUCAUCACUUUCACUUUCACUACAACCCAACAACAAUUUUCCAUGGAAAAACUUUCCUCACAUCACUCUUUCACACCCUUCUCAAUCCAAACCAAAACCAAGUACAUGAAUGGAAAUCGAACACUCAACAACAACAACAAAACCCCGAGUUUCAGAUUUCUCAUCCUUGGUCCGAAUGGGUAGAUUUGAUGGAAUGUUUGAUCAAAAAGGGUCACUUCAAUGCAGAGGGCAACCCAUUUCUGAAUCCUCAUUUGGGUUCAAAAGAAUGUAAUCUUAUUAGAACUGCUUGCCUCAAUUUUGGUAGAGACCAUUCUCAUCUUUUAAGGUUUUUGUCUCGAAAAGAUAUAGGAGUUAUUGUAACGUUUGGAUGUCCAAGCUUAGAUAGGAAAGUGGUCAACUCAGGAAAGCGUCUGAGAGCGCAUGUCGGCAUGGAUGAGGGAAAUGUGUGCAGCUCGUGCAAUUUAAGGGGGAACUGUGAAAGGGCAUUCGUGAAAGCACGUGAAGACGAAGGUGGAAGAACGGUGGAUGUUAUGCGUAUUAUUAUGACUUAUGGGCUUGACCCAAUUAUUGGUUCAGUAGAGAACAAACCGUCUAUAAAUAAAAUGGUAAAAGAAUCUGUGAGAAGACUGCUAAAAAAGAUAGUAGAGUGCAGUACUGAAGACAAAAAUCAUAACUUUCCAGACACCACAAAGGUUGAUGUCCAAGAAGUUCAUCCCAAUCCACAAGUUAAGGGCAAAAAAGGCGUUCCGAUGAAGCAAGGCGACUGGAUUUGCCCCAAAUGUGAUUUCCACAACUUCGCCAGAAAUAUCAAGUGCUUGCACUGUGACAGUUUCUGUGAGGAGAAAAUUAAGCAAUUGCAGGAGGACAACAAUCAUUUGCCUUUGAAGAAGGGAGAUUGGAUAUGCAACAAAUGCAACUUCCUCAAUUUUGCAAGGAAUACAAGAUGUUUGCAAUGCAAAGAGGGGCCUUCAAACCGUCACAUUAAUCCAGGGGAAUGGGAAUGCGAUUCGUGUAACUACAUAAAUUUCAGAAGAAACAUGGUUUGCCUGAAAUGUGAUCAUAGAAGACCUAAGACGUCAAAUGCUUCAAACUCUUCCCUUCAACCUCAUGGAGAAUAUAAAAACCACCAUGAGAAUAGCAAACCAACUUUUGCAGGAUAUCGCUUUGAUAGUAACAAAGAAUUGCCAAUGGCAUCCGAAAGAAAGAGCAGGAACAGAGAUUCACAUAUAUGGAGAUUUGUAGAAGAUGGAAUUGAAAAUCACAAGUACUUAGAGAACUCAAAUGAAACUUCGGAAAUUUUAGAUUUUCCUAUUGCUGGAGGUAAGACUGGUAUGCCUAAAGCACAAAGAGGAGAAGCUUGUAAGAACGAGCUGCCAAAUCAGUGCAGAAAGCAUUCAUGGCAAAGUGAUACCGAUGACGAGUUUAGUUCUUCUGAUAACCUGAGUUCCGACGAUGAAGAGAUGGCCGAAUGGUUUGGAAAGGGUAAGAAUGCAAAGUAGAAUUCCAGUAAGAGAGAUUUUGACCAUACUUUAUUUAUUUAUUAUAUGAAACAUUGAAUUUUAUGGCCAAUAGUCGAAUCAAUACAUGUAAAAUACUUGUAAGGCUUUUCAUAUUGUGUUGAGUUGUGAGGAUAGGCUGCAUUGAAGUCUUGUAAAAUUUGGGUAUUUUGACAAAAUUUUAUAAUGAUUCAACACUUAAUAGAUACUGUUUCAUAUGGUUUA